AGUACAUCCUCUGAUCAGUGGUAGAUCCAUUCCGCCCCUGAAUCUCUCUAUUUAAACUAGAACCUCAGGACCGCAUUAUUUAUUGCUGUUCUCAAAGAUCACAACCACUGUGAGCAACCAUGAAGGUUUUAAUUGCAGCCAUUUUGAUUGCGUUUGUAGUGUACGUGAGUGGAGAGCACUGCUCUACCAACGAUGAUUGCCAUAACCAUGGGAUAACCACAUGCGGAGGCUCACACGCAGUUGUAUGCCAACACCAUGCAUUUUUUGGAAACCAGUGCGAAUGUACUGACGGAGGUGCAGGAGGUCAAGCGUGCACAGUGAAGGACACGUGUCCCGACUGUAAUCAACUUUUUCAGGAAAAACACUGCGUUGAUGGAACAUGCCAUUGUACGAUUAACAUUGGUGGUAUCAUUCAGUCGAAAUAAAUAUCAAUAAUAUA